GAGUUUGCGCACGCGCGGUGUGGUGGCGCCGGGAGGCGAGCGACCGUUGGGUCUCGGUCGCUGGCCUUUUUGGGUCGAGAACUUUGACGGACAAAAUUUGCUUUUUUCGGGCAGUUGGAGGUCUCGCGGCUUUUUCCUUUUCUUAACGAAUCGUUUUUAAGUUUCUCGUUAGAAACCGACUCGGUGCCGGCAACCUCUGCGUGAACGUAGUCAGCUCGCGACGCUCUCUCCGUCCGUGGCCACGGGCACUGGCUAUGCCGCUGUUAUUUGGGAAAGCAGUGGAACAGGCAUCCUCGCCUGGAGACUAGGAAUCCCUGAGGGAAAAUCUUGUGGCUUUCAAAUCGCUAAGCACUCUUAGUGAAGGACGUCCUUCCGCGUCCUCCAUUUUUAUGACGUCAUCGCGUCGCUGCGACGCCAUCUUCAACGCAGCCCCUGAAAGCAACGCUUGUUUCCCGGUCUUCCCCAAGAGGCCGUGCUUGUGGGUACGAGCCCCGGGCGAGGGGUACGCCGGGAGUUGUAGUCCUAGCGUGCACAGUCUUGCCGAGUCUCCGGAAGUGGAGGCUUGAGAGGCCGGGCUCAGCCGGCUUAGGGUAGCGGGACUCCGGCUAGUGCUGGGGUGCUGCUCCCGGGGCCGGUCAUGAAUGGGCCGGCGGACGGCGAAGUGGACUACAAGAAGAAAUACCGGAACCUGAAGCGAAAGCUCAAGUUCCUCAUCUACGAACACGAGUGCUUCCAGGAGGAACUGAGGAAGGCGCAGAGGAAAUUGCUGAAGGUGUCCCGGGACAAGAGUUUUCUCCUAGACCGACUUCUUCAGUACGAGAACGUGGAUGAAGACUCUUCUGACUCAGAUGCCACUGCAUCCUCAGAUAACAGCGAGACAGAAGGGACACCCAAGUUGUCGGACACGCCAGCCCCCAAGAGGAAGAGAAGCCCUCCACUGGGGGGUGUCCCCUCCCCCUCCAGCCUCUCCCUGCCUCCUUCAACAGGGUUUCCCCUUCAGGCCUCCGGGGCCCCCUCCCCAUACCUGAGCUCGCUGGCUUCCCCCCCCUACCCCCCAUUCCCUUCUGACUACCUGGCCCUGCAGCUGCCCGAGCCCAGCCCCAUGAGGCCCAAGCGGGAGAAACGACCCCGCCUGCCCCGGAAACUCAAGCGAGCUCACUGUGGCUGCAGUGUGGAGGAGGAGCUGCAUCUGGCAGAGGCUGAAGGCAGGGAGUCCAGUGAGGAGGCUGGUUUCGUAGCCCAGAUGGCGGUGGGACCCCCCGACUGCCCUGUGGGAGGGCCGCUGGCCUUCCCUGGCCGGGGUUCAGGGGCUGGGGUAGGCGCAGCCCUAGCCCCCCUGCCCCCUCCCAAGCUGCCGCCACCCACGAUCCUGAGCUCCGUCCCUCGGCAGAUGUUCAGCGAUGCGGGCAGCGGGGACGAUGCCCUGGAUGGGGAUGAUGACCUGGUGAUCGACAUCCCGGAGUGACCGCCCUUCUGCCCACGCUCCCGCCCAGCACCCUCUGCCAGCACACACGAGCCCCUGGCUUCCGCAGAGACGUUUAUUGACACUCAGUUGCCAUGCUGCGGCCACUGACACAAUCAGAAAAGGCAUAAACAUGCAUGAAUGUCCCCCAGGAAACGGGCCUGGGCCUCUCACCAGGGGACGGGGGCCCUGCCCUCACAUCCCGGCCCCUUCCAGGGAGCAGUUACUUCGUGAGUGACCGGGAGCAUCAGCCGCCUCCCAGAGCGGCGGUGACCCUGCGGUGGCCCCCCUUGAGUAGGGCAGCUGUACAGGGCUAGGUUUUUUUUUUUUCAGUCAAGAUUCUGUAUUAAAGAAGUGGCUCUUUUUUGCUUUUUGUCCUUUUGUGGAAACACUCUCCUCCAAACCCCCCCUAAUCCAUCCUCCUCCCUGCAGGGGAGGGGAGACGGGCAGCCUGGAGAGGCAGGAGAGAGGAGCAGCGGCUGGGGCCUGGGGUGGGGACACUGCAGGACCCCUGCAGGUGUACACAGGGCGGGUGAUUUGCAUAUUUUGCGUGUAGUAGCAAGUCAGGCAGGAGGAAGUUUGCAUAUGUGAAUAUAGAUCUCCACGGUCCCUCACAAGAAGACAGACCCACGGUCACAGAGACUCUCACAAAAUAAGACAGGUAGUGCAGGGCGGGGCAUCCACCCCGUGUAAACGUGCAACACACUCGUGCGAAGGUUGGGUACUGGACCCGGCCCUGAGGGGCCUGUGCUGGGCAGCCAUCGGCUGCUCAGGCUAAGGAAAGCGCCCCGGCUGCAGGGGGCAGCUCAUUGGUCAAGGUGUGCCAGCGCUCCAGGGCUGUGUCCAGCUGCUGCAGACACUCAUUCCAGUGCUUCCGGGCCUCUCCCUGGGCGCCUGGCCCCAGAGACACGCCACCUGAGGAGAAUGUAGAAGCCAGCAAAAUGAGGGCCCACCUCACAGCUGGCCUGCCCACCCUCGGGGACCACCCAACGGGCUGCUGCCUCACCAAUGAAGUCAUUGGAUUUGCCUAUGUCAUAGUCCCAGACUGUGACUUCCAGAGUCUUCGUGGCUAGGGCGGAGAGCUCCAUCUCGUAGAAGAACUCCUGCAAUAGGGUAAGCCACGCCUUCCAUGAGGUGCUGCCUUUCCUUCUCUCCCCUCAGUGUACCUCAAAUUUUGGUCCCUCUCCUUUACCUCAUUAAAUUCCGGGUUCAGAGUCUUCUUCUUCACACAUGUUUUAUGCUUGGAUUUUUUAUCCACGUCUGGCCUCAGGUACCUGUCAAGGAAAGGGUGGGGAAUGCUAUGGUCAGAGUCAGGCCAGGCCCAAGGGAUGAGGAAGGGGGUCAAGCUCCCUGUGGAGGGGAAGGUGGGC